UGUUUCUCCAACAACAGAGCUUCUGGUAUUGAGGAGAAAUGGCGAAUAUUCCUGUGAAGAUGCUGGUACUAUUGACUCUAGUUCUUCUGGUGUCCAGUUUGAGCGAGGGAAAGGUUCGGAUAAAAUAUGAGAUGUCUGUAGAUGAAUCCCAUGAGGAAUCAUCAAAGAAAGACAGAAGAAGCACUCAUCUCAUUGACAGUGGUGAAUCUAGAAAGGAUUCAUCAAGUGAAGACAAAACAAGUUCUGAUGAUCACUCUGACAGCAGUCAAUGUCGAAAGGAUUCAUCCAGUGAAGACAAAACAAGUUCGGAUGAUCACUCUGACAGCAGUCACUCUCACAAACAUUCAUCUAGGAAACAUAAAACCAAUGGACAUCGACAUCAUAAGGAUAAAGGUCACUCACACAAAGAUUCAUCUAGGAAACAUAAAACAAAUGGACAUCGUCAUCAUAAGGAUAAAGAUCAAUCUAGUAAGGAUUCAUCCAGUGAAGACACAACGAGUGCUGAAGAAACCAUUGUCGAAUGUGAAUGUAAAUUGGAUUCAUCCAGUGAAGACACAACAAGUGUUGAAAGUCACAGUCAUAGCAGUCAAUCUAGUAAGGAUUCAUCCAGUGAAGAUAAAACUGACAGCAGUGAACCUUCCCCUGGCGAAGAAAAAACUAGCCGCAACACAACCUCUGCUCCAAGCACCACCACAACCUCUGCCCCAAGCCCCACCACAACCUCUGCUGCAAGCACCACCACAACCUCUGCUCCAAGCACCACCACAACCUCAACCUCUGCUGCAAGCACCACCAAAACCUCUGCCCUAAGCCCAACCACAACCUCUGCCUCAAGCACCCCCACAACCUCUGCUCCAAGCACCACCACAACCUCUGUUCCAACCACGACCUCUGCCCCAAGCCCCACCACAACUUCGACCUCUGCUCCAAGCCCCACCACAACCUCAACCUCUGCUGAAAGCACCACCACAACCUCUGCCCCAAGCCCCACCACAACCUCAACCUCUGCUGCAAGCCCCACCACAAUCUCUGUUCCAAGCACCACCACAACCUCUUCCCCAAGCCCCACCACAACCUCUGCUCCAAGCCCCACCACAACAUCUACCCCAAGCACCACCACAACCUCUGCCCCAAGCCCCACCACAACAUCUACCCCAAGCCCCACCACAACCUCUACCCCAAGCCCCACCACCACCUCUACCCCAAGCCCCACCACAACAACUACCCCAAGCCCCACCACAACCACAACUUCUACACUAAGCCCCACCACAACAUCUACCCCAAGCCCCACCACAACCACAACCUCUACCCCAAUCCCCACCACAACCACAACUUCUACACAAAGCCCCACCACAACCACAACUUCUACACCAAGCCCCACCACAACCUCUACCGCACGCCCCACCACAACCUCUACCCCAAGCCCCACCACAACCACAACUUCUACACCAAGCCCCACCACAACCACAACCUCUACCCCAAGCCCCACCACAACCACAACUUCUACACCAAGCCCCACCACAACCACAACCUCUACCCCAAGCCCCACCACAACCACAACUUCUACACCAAGCCCCACCACAACCUCUACCCCACGCCCCACCACAACCUCUACCCCAAGCCCCACCACAACCACAACUUCAACCCCAAGCCCCACCACAACCACAACUUCUACACCAAGCCCCACCACAACAUCUACCCCAAGCCCCACCACAACCACAACCUCUACCCCAAGCCCCACCACAACCUCUACCCCAAGCCCCACCACAACCACAACUUCUACACCAAGCCCCACCACAACCACAGCCUCUACCCCAAGCCCCACCACAACCACAACCUCUACACCAAGCCCCACCACAACCACAACCUCUACCCCAAGCCCCACCACAACCACAACUUCUACACCAAGCCCCACCACAACCUCUACCCCACGCCCCACCACAACCUCUACCCCAAGCCCCACCACAACCACAACUUCUACCCCAAGCCCCACCACAACCACAACCUCUACCCCAAGCCCCACCAAAACCACAACCUCUACCCCAAGCCCCACCACUACCACAACCUCUACACCAAGCCCCACCAAAACCACAACCUCUACCCCAAGCCCCACCACAACCACAACUUCUACACCAAGCCCCACCACAACCACAACCUCUACCCCAAGCCCCACCACAACCACAACUUCUACACCAAGCCCCACCACAACCUCUACCCCACGCCCCACCACAACCUCUACCCCAAGCCCCACCACAACCACAACUUCUACCCCAAGCCCCACCACAACCACAACCUCUACCCCAAGCCCCACCAAAACCACAACCUCUACCCCAAGCCCCACCACAACCACAACCUCUACACCAAGCCCCACCACAACCUCUACCCCAAGCCCCACCACAACCACAACUUCUACCCCAAGCCCCACCACAACCACAACCUCUACCCCAAGCCCCACCACAACCACAACUUCUACACCAAGCCCCACCACAACUACAACCUCUACCCCAAGCCCCACCACAACCACAACUUCUACACCAAGCCCCACCACAACCACUACCCCAAGCCCCACCACAACCUUAACCUCUGCCCCAAGCCCCACCACAACUUCUACCCCAAGCCCCACCACAACCUCUACCCCAAGCCCCACCACAACCACCACAAGUAAAUCUGAAAAGGAUUCAUCCAGCAAAGAAAAUAAGAAUAAUGAAGAUAAGAGUGGCAAAUGUCAAUCUGGAAAGGAUUCAUCCACCAAAGACAAUAAGAAUGCUGAAGAUAAGAGUGGCAACAGUCAAUCUGGAAAGAAUUCAUCGACCAAAGAUAAUAAGAAUGCUGGAUAUAAGAGUGGACAAUGUCAAUCUGGAAAGGAUUCAUCCAGCAAAGACAAAAAUAAUUCUGGAGAUAACAGUGGCAACAGUCAAUCUGGAAAGGAUUCAUCCAGCAAAGACAAAAAUAAUUCUGGAGAUAACAGUGGCAACAGUCAAUCUGGAAAGGAUUCAUCCAGCAAAGACAAAAAUAAUUCCGGAGAUAACAGUGGCAACAGUCAAUCUGGAAAGGAUUCAUCCAGCAAAGACAAAAAUAAUUCUGGAGAUAACAGUGGCGACAGUCAAUCUGGAAAGGAUUCAUCCAGCAAAGACAAAAAUAAUUCUGGAGAUAACAGUGGCAACAGUCAAUCUGGAAAGGAUUCAUCCAGCAAGGACAAAAAUAAUUCUGGAGAUAACAGUGGCAACAGUCAAUCUGGAAAGGAUUCAUCCAGCAAAGACAAAAAUAAUUCUGGAGAUAACAGUGGCAACAGUCAAUCUGGAAAGGAUUCAUCCAGCAAGGACAAAAAUAAUUCUGGAGAUAACAGUGGCAACAGUCAAUCUGGAAAGGAUUCAUCCAGCAAAGACAAAAAUAAUUCUGGAGAUAACAGUGGCAACAGUAAAUCUGGAAAGGAUUCAUCCAGCAAGGACAAAAAUAAUGCUGGAGAUAACAGUGGCAACAGUCAAUCUGGAAAGGAUUCAUCCAGCAAGGACAAAAAUAAUUCUGGAGAUAACAGUGGCAACAGUCAAUCUGGAAAGGAUUCAUCCAGCAAAGACAAAAAUAAUUCUGGAGAUAACAGUGGCAACAGUCAAUCUGGAAAGGAUUCAUCCAGCAAGGACAAAAAUAAUUCUGGAGAUAACAGUGGCAACAGUAAAUCUGGAAAGGAUUCAUCCAGCAAAGACAAAAACAAUGCUGGAGAUAACAGUGGCAACAGUCAAUCAGAAAAGGAUUCAUCCAGCAAAGACAAAAAUAAUGCUAAAGACAACAGUGGCAACAGUCAAUCUGAAAAGGAUUCAUCCAGCAAAGACAAAAAUAAUGCUAAAGACAACAGUGGCAACAGUCAAUCAGAAAAGGAUUCAUCCAGCAAAGACAAAAAUAAUGCUAAAGACAACAGUGGCAACAGUCAAUCUCAAAAGAAUUCAACCAGCAAAGACAAAAUAAGUGCUGACGCUCAAACUGAAAAUGGUCACCAAGGUCAUGAGGGUUCAUCCCAAAAAGUCAUAGUGAACACUAAAGAUCCUAAUGCCAGACGUCAAUAUCAGGAGGCUUCAUCCAGCGAAAACAAAACAACUGCUGACGCUCACACUGAAAACAGUCAUGAGGAUUCAUCCCAAAAAGUCAUAAUGAACACUAAAGAUCCUAACUCCAGACGUCACUUUUAUGAGGAUUUAUCCAGCGAAAACAUAACAGGUGAUGAAGAUCAUAUUGAAAAUGGUAAAUCUCAAAAGGGUUCAUCCGGAAAGGACAAAGUAAACACUGAUGGUCAGAGUUACAGUGGUAAAUCUCAAAAGGAUUCAUCUGGAAAGGACAACACAAACACAUCUGGUCAGAGUGACAGUGGUAAAUCUCAAAAGGAUUCAUCUGGAAAGGACAACGCAAACACUUCUGGUCAGAGCGACAGUGGUAAAUCUCAAAAGGAUUCAUCUGGAAAGGACAACGCAAACACUUCUGGUCAGAGCGACAAUGGUAAAUCUCAAAAGGAUUCAUCUGGAAAGGACAACACAAACACAUCUGGUCAGAGUGACAGUGGUAAAUCUCAAAAUGAUUCAUCUGAAAAGGACAACACAAACACUGAUGGUCAGAGUGACAGUGGUAAAUCUCAAAAGGAUUCAUCCGGAAAGGACAAAGUAAACACUGAUGGUCAGAGUGACAGUGGUAAAUCUCAAAAGGAUUCAUCUGGAAAGGACAACGCAAACACUUCUGGUCAGAGUGACAGUGGUAAAUCUCAAAAGGAUUCAUCUGGAAAGGACAACACAAACACAUCUGGUCAGAGUGACAGUGGUAAAUCUCAAAAGGAUUCAUCCGGAAAGGACAACACAAACACAUCUGGUCAGAGUGACAGUGGUAAAUCUCAAAAGGAUUCAUCUGGAAAGGACAACGCAAACACUUCUGGUCAGAGCGACAGUGGUAAAUCUCAAAAGGAUUCAUCCGGAAAGGACAACACUUCUGGUCAGAGUGACAGUGGUAAAUCUCAAAAGGAUUCAUCCGGAAAGGACAACACAAACACAUCUGGUCAGAGUGACAGUGGUAAAUCUCAAGAUGAGUCAUCUGGAAAGGACAACACAAAAACUUCUGGUCAGAGCGACAGUGGUAAAUCUCAAAAGGAUUCAUCUGGAAAGGACAACACAAAGACAUCUGGUCAGAGUGACAGUGGUAAAUCUCAAAAGGAUUCAUCUGGAAAGGACAAUGUAAAUACUGCUAGUCAGAGUGACAGUGCCCAACGCAACAACCCAACUCAAAAACCCAACAACCCAACUCAGAAACCCAUGAACCCAACUCAAAAACCUAAAGCACCUAUCACUCAGACAACUACUGUAAAGAAUAAAGGAAAGGGAAAAUCAUAAAUGUUUGUGAAUGUUAAGCACAAUGUUAAGCAUCUAUAUGUUUUCAUUGUUUAAGUAUUGUUCGUGUUAUCAGUGAGUCAUAGUCAUGGACCAGUUUAUUUGACCAGUUUCUGUCUUUUGCUUCUACAUUUUGUCAAUGCAAAAUUAUUUGUAUUAUUUUUUGUAUAGGCCAAUAGGUUGAUGACCAAUAUUUAUUAUGUACUUUCUUAACAUUAAGAUUUUUGUUUAAAAUGUAUUUAGAUGUGUACAUUAAGGGAUUAGAAUAAGUUUAAGUUAAUUAGGUUAUUUAAAACUUUGACUUUUAAAAAUGGUGUAAAAGAGGCAAUACAACUUAAUUAUGAAAAUUUUUGAAGAUUUUUGGGGUGCUUAGGUACAACAUUAUAUUCUUGUAGUAGUUGUAUUUAUGUCUAAAUAUUUGGGGUAUUUCUGUGGGGUCAAUGGGGGUGUUCUUAUACCUAAACUAUGCUACUGUAUAAUGCUUGAUGCUCCAUAUUUCUCUUAAUUAUGCAUAAUUAUGUAUCUUGAUUAUUGAUAAUAAAAAAUAAUUAU